UUGCACAGUCAAGGUUUAGUACACCCCGUUAUUGUACAGCGUAGAAAGAGAAAUCAACCAUUUUGUUACUCCAUUCUUUCUCCAAAACGAUCUCCAAAUGAUGAUUACAUUCAGAAUUCCGCAGCUUUGACUUGUCAUUUAGAUUGAGCAUUCAAGCGUGCGUUAUGCAUACAUAAAUUGCACCCGACCAUAUUUUCACGAGCUGGAGUUUAUGCAUCUACUUCACGCUGAGCGCGGUAGAGUGAUCAUUCAUGGGCUACAUUUGAACUUUGUAAGAUAGCUACUUCAACAGGCCGAAACAUAUUUAUAUAUACACAAACGACUUCAACAUGGAAUGUUCCUGGUUGAAAUGGAUACUGAUCUUUGAGCUCAUGCUGGCAUUCACAUCGAAAUCAGCGAUAGCAGCUGAAGAUUCCUAUUCUGGUGUUUUCGAAUGUUACGCAUGCUCUUCGAUGGAUACGGUUGAGUGCGGCGCUGAGUUCAACGGCAACGCAGAGGGCGUUUUUAAAAUAGAAUGCAGAGGACUUUGCUACAAAACAACCUACGGCUACUUGGGCGAGAGAGUUAUAGACCGCGGAUGUGAGCCCUCUACCGACUGUCCUUCGUCAUGCUUCAAUAAAGACUGUCGAUUCUGUUGCCAGGAUUCACUCUGCAACAAAGCUAGAAUUGUGACGUCAUUUCCGAUUCUCACGGUCGUAUUGGUCGGCUUAGCAACGCUAACGAAUAUUUUGAGAGACUGAUAUUGGAAGAGGACGCUCACUUGCGGCCUACUUUGAACUCCCUCACACCUCAACCAUUGAAAUCCAGAACACAUACAUUUUCAAGCGAAACGUACUUCAAAUCCACACAAGGCAAAGCAAAGACUAAACAAGCAUCUUUUCUCCCCGCGCCAUCAAUCUGCCCUGCGCACUUCCUGCCCGGUGGGCUCCCUCUGGCUGUGGGGCGCUGGGCAGUAUAUAUACACGUACACCCAAAGAAGAUAGUCCUCCCCUCUCUGGACUGGGCAUGCGCACCGAGGAGAUGUGAUAUGAGACUUUCCAGCGUACUUUGUAUACGGCCCUCUAUCAGUCUAGUCACUUUUGAAGGCUAAAGGCAACCGCACACCUUACGACUGUUCGCGAUCCGAUUUUGGAACAAAUCUAGUCUAGAAAAGUUUAGAAAAGAAAAGAUAUUUUACUAAUCAGUUACAACUUUACAAGCGUGAUAUGCAAAAUACAUGGAAAAUUUUAAAACAAGCAAUGAAUAUAUCAAAUAAUAAAUCCAAUAUUACAAAAAUUAGAUCUGGCGAUGUCAUUUUUGAAGAUUCUCGCCAAAUUUGUAAUAUCCUGAAUAAUCACUUUUCUUCAAUUGGGGAAAAUCUUGCAAGUAAUAUUCCUCCCGCAGCAAAACACUUUUCUGAUUUUUUAGGCCCUCCAAAUUCUAGUUCAAUGUUUCUCGCUCCAACUUAUAAUCAGGAGAUAAUUAAUAUUGUUUCUGAUUUCAGUUCUAAAAAAAGUACAGGACAUGAUGACAUCAAUAAUUUUCUUCUUCAGGGGGUAAUAUCGUCAAUUGCGGAUCCCCUAACUCAUAUAUUCAAUCUGUCACUUCUUAACGGCAUUGUUCCCGAGAGCAUGAAAAUAGCAAAAGUCAUUCCUUUGUUUAAAAAGGGUGACAAAUUAGAUGUUAAUAAUUACCGCCCAAUUUCUUUGUUAUCUACAUUGUCGAAAAUACUAGAAAAGAUUAUUUAUAAAAGAACUAUUAAUUUUCUCAAAUCAAAUAAUAUACUUUCAAAUUCCCAAUUUGGAUUUAGGGAAAAGCAUAGCACUACACAUGCAUUAUUGAGUUUCAUUGAAAAAGCGGCACAUUCAAUCGAUAAAUCUUCUCAUUUAAUUGGUUUGUUCCUGGACUUCUCCAAGGCCUUCGA